CUUCUUUCUUACUCUCCAAUUUUUAUCAUUGGGUAAACCCAAGACAGUGCUUCCUCCGGCAAAGCUAUUGUUUCUUUCUCAAAUUCACACAGAAACCCUAAAAGUCUCUCCCUCCCGCCGCUCAAGUUGGGUGCUGAGGCCAACCCACCUCGCCGUUCAAGGCAUAUUCUUGUUUCUGGUUUAAAGGUCUUAUUGCUUUCAACAACUUUUGGUUGUCGAAAGGUUGCAAGCCAUGGCGGAUGAGAUUGAUUUAACUGGAGAUGGAAGUGUCCUUAAGACAAUUGUUAGGCAUGCUAAAGCAGAUGCAGUUGCUCCAACUGAAGAUCUUCCUCUCGUGGAUGUUCAUUAUGAGGGCAUUCUUGCUGAAACGGGAGAUGUCUUUGAUACUACACGCGAAGACAAUACUGUUUUCUCCUUUGAGGUUGGGAAGGGGGCUGUGAUCAAGGCUUGGGACAUUGCAUUACGAACCAUGAAGGUUGGGGAGAUAGCCAAAAUCACUUGCAAGCCAGAUUAUGCCUAUGGAAGUGCUGGUUCCCCUCCAGAUAUCCCACCGGAGGCAACACUUAUUUUUGAGGUAGAAUUGAUUUCCUGCAAUCCACGUAAGGGAUCAAGCCUUGGUAGUGUUUCAGAGGAGAGGGCUAGACUAGAAGAGCUGAAGAAGCAGAGAGAGAUUGCCUCUGCCACGAAAGAGGAGGAGAAAAAAAAAAGAGAAGAAGCCAAAGCUGCUGCUGCCGCACGAAUUCAAGCGAAGUUAGAUUCAAAAAAAGGGAAGGGAAAGGGCAAAGGAAAAUAAGUCCUGAAUUGAAAUUUACAUCAAGUGUAUGGGACUGAUGCAAUUUACUUAGUUUGGCUAGUGUUACUGAAUGAGAUAUUAAUUUCGUCAACUCUGUAUGACUUGGUUUUAACACUUGUGCUGCAAUAAACAUAAAGGAAUGAUUACACUUC